AUGCAUCGCAGCUCCGGCCUGGCUCCAUGGGACCACCCGGGACCCUCAGCUGCUGCGGGCAGCGCCAGCUCCGCGGUUCCCGUACCCGACCCGCUGCCGGCCUCCGCCCCAGGCGAAGUGUCGGCGCUGCUCCAGGCUAUCAAAGGUGAGCUCGCGCAGCUCCAGGCGUUAGACGUGCCGUGGGACGAGCUUCCCAACCCCGUGGCGGGCCCGGCUGGGGACAAAGUGUGGGUCCAUCGUGUCGCCAGGGAGAUGACGACCCUGGCCCCCGAGGCUGUGCAGCUCAAGGUAGCGCGCCUUGCGUCGCUGAGGUUGCGCCUCGCGGUGCUCCAGGCGCCCGCCCGUGCGCCCCCGCCGGCAGUGCCCGCGGGGGCGCCCGAGCAGCAGGCCAGCCUUACGACGGCCGCCGCGCAGCCUCUGGCCCCAGCAGCCUUGGCCAGACUGAUGGACGCGGUCGCCAUCCCUGGCGGGGCGGCCGCGUUGCCAGCCUGGGCGGUGCUGGCGCUGGAGGCCGCGGCGUUCUUCGCGCCGGGCUGGGGCCAGGGGCAGCCGAGCUGCCCAGACCUCUCGUGCCCCGCCUGCCCGGCGUGCCCCGAGGCGGCGGCGUGCGCGGCCUGCCCGGAGCCGGCGGCCUGCGCCGCCUGUCCGGCCUGCGAGCCGCCGCCGUGCGCGGCGUGCCCGGCGUGCGAGCCGCCGCCGUGCGCGGCUUGCCCGGCCUGCGAGGCUCGGGCGUGCCCAGAGCCGACGGCCGGCGAGAAGGCGGCGGAGAAGCUGGUGGGGGCGCUGCUGGGCGGCCUGGUGCACUGGCUGGUGGCGAAGGUCGUCGGCCGCCGGAAUGGCGGCGCUCGUGGCCGGGUGCUGUUGCACUACUUGGGGAACGGACAGUGGGUCAUCCUGACCCCGGACGGGGACAUCUACCCCGAGGACCUGAGCUGCAGCGUCCCGGAGAGCGGGCCCUCGCGGGCCUUCCCCUUGGCGCUGCGGACGCGCAAGAUGAGGAGGCUGUACCGGUUCCGGGAGCGGCUGGGGCCCGACGAGCUGGCCGACGCGCUGCAGCGUGGCCAGGAGAUGGCGCUCGAGUGGGGCGCCUCCCUGCCCGAGCCGAGGGAGGCCUUGGCCGCUGACGGCCAGCAGGCCCCGGGUGCGGGCCAGGCCUGGUUCGCCCUCAGCGGUGGGCCGGACAUCGCGAUCGGGGCGGAGGUCGACGUGGCGAGCGCGGACGGCGUGAGCUUCGAGGACGGGGCCGAGCCGUUCGGCGUUCUGAAGACCGCCGACGGCGGCAUGGUGCGGCUCGCCCGGCUGGACGUGGGGGCCGCCCCAUCGCGCGUGGCCGCGGAGGCGGCCGCCUGGCAGAGCCUGGAGGGGGGCCCGGCGCGGGCCCCGGACCCGGAGCGCCGUCGCGCGGGUGGUGCUGGCCCGCCCGUGGAGGAGGGGCUCGCCGAGCCCUUGGGCGGGGCCGCGACGCCCGAGCUGGCGCUGCCGGCCCCCGCGGAGCCGCCGGGCGAGGAGCGCUAUGCUGACGCUCGCGCGCUCUGGGUCGACUACGACGAGCAGGGGGGGCGGUUCAAGCGGUGGGGAGACGUCGUGGGCGAGUCGCGGCAGGGGCGCUACCCCGACGCGAAGGUGGACGGGCCGCCCGGGGCUCUCCACAUGUGCAAGCACAUGCAAAGGCACGGAGGCGACCCUCGGCUCUGGCUCGACCUCUUCAUCCGCAUGAAGGGGCUCGGCCAAGGCGAUCGCGUGGUGCACGAGCUGAGGGCCAUCGUGGAGGCCCUGUAUCAAGGCGGGGUCUACGACCAGCUGAACAUGGGCGGCCUGAUGAUGGUGGAGGUGCUGUCGCGCCGCGUGGCGGCGGUGGUGGACGCCUACGCGGACCCGUCCAAGCCGAGCUGGACGAACGCGCGCUUCUUCGAGGGCGUGAGCUCGGUGGAGGACGUCUCGGGCCCCGAGCUCAGGGGCUGCGUCCACCAGCGGGCGAAGGAGCAGCACGAGAUGGAGCAGGCGCAGAACCGGGCGCGGACGCUGCGCGGGGCGCCUCCUGAGACAGUCGAAGGAGCAGAAGGAGCUGGAGGAGCCCGCAGCUUCCUGCCGCUCCCGCUGCUGGGUGACACAGGCCGCCGAAUUCGCGGCAGAUCUAGCCGGGCCAGGCAGUUCGGGCGAGAGGCUCGUAUUGCGUGCGAGGUUAACGGGGUCUUCGACGCCAUCAACUGGAUGUAG